GGCCGGGGCUCGUAUCGCUCUGUCCGCCCCCCCUUGGCAGAGCGGGUCUAAUGAGGUUCCCAAGUGCCCCCUGCGGCCGGGCGGCGGAGAGCCUGUGCGCCCCUCAGAAACCCGCUUUGAUUUCCGCCGGGCGGCACCUAGCACCCGGCCGCUAAUGCUCCUGCCAUUAUUGCAGGGAAAUCCUGGGGCAUUUCCCCCGCAGCCAGCGGCAGCCCCGGCAUCAGAGCGCGCUUCACGUGGGUGCCUGGCUGCUGGCUACCCGGGCGAUGGGUGAGAGCCAGAGGGGAGCCCGUUCCGGCUCCAGCCUUGGCCGAGAGAAGAGACCUGGUGAGCGCUGAUCUCCUGCAGUGUCUGCCAGACUUGGGCUGAGGCUGAGCAGCUGAUGGAAAGAGAGAGCAUUUUAAUUCUAUCAGCCUAGGUAGGAUGGACCUGCCCCCCUGCCUCUGCCCUCAUGGCCAAUAAGAAGAGACCCGGCUUGACACCUGCCUAUAUACAGAGGACGAGAGCAAAAUCUUCAGCACUGAUCUGUGCAAGGGGGGGUGGGGGGAGGAAAAAAAGAAAAGGGGGGGAAAGUCCAGGCCAGAUAAGUGGAGACGUUUGUACUAUAAAACCCCCAAAGACUAUGACUUCCAGUAAAAUUGAGAUGCCAGGAGAGGUGAAGGCAGACCCUGCAGCUCUGAUGGCAUCUCUGCAUCUGCUGCCUUCUCCCACUCUCAACCUUGAAAUCAAAUACACUAAGAUUUUCAUAAAUAAUGAGUGGCAAAAUUCUGAGAGUGGGAACAUAUUCCCAGUGUAUAAUCCAUCAACAGGAGAGCAGAUCUGUGAGAUCCAGGAAGCUGACAAGGUUGAUACGGACAAAGCAGUGAGGGCAGCUCGCCUUGCUUUCUCUCUAGGCUCGGUGUGGAGGAGAAUGGAUGCAUCGGAAAGAGGCCGUCUCUUGGAUAAACUAGCGGAUUUGGUUGAAAGAGACAGAGCAAUUCUAGCUACCAUGGAAUCGCUGAAUAGUGGCAAACCCUUUCUGCAGGCUUUCUAUGUAGAUCUUCAGGGAGUCAUCAAAACGCUGAGGUAUUAUGCAGGUUGGGCAGACAAGAUUCAUGGAAUGACCAUUCCUGUGGAUGGAGAUUAUUUUACGUUUACAAGACAUGAACCCAUCGGAGUGUGUGGACAGAUCAUCCCUUGGAACUUCCCCCUGCUGAUGUUUGCAUGGAAGAUUGCCCCAGCUCUGUGCUGUGGCAAUACAGUAGUUAUUAAACCAGCAGAGCAAACACCACUCAGUGCGCUUUAUAUGGGAGCCCUCAUCAAGGAGGCUGGCUUUCCACCAGGAGUAAUCAAUAUUUUGCCAGGAUUUGGUCCAACUGCAGGCGCAGCAAUAGCUUCUCAUGUUGGCAUAGAUAAAAUUGCUUUUACUGGAUCUACUGAGGUUGGGAAGCUGAUUCAAGAAGCAGCUGGAAGGAGUAAUUUGAAGAGAGUAACUCUGGAGCUGGGAGGGAAGAGCCCCAACAUCAUUUUUGCAGAUGCUGAUUUGGACUAUGCUGUGGAACAAGCUCACCAGGGGGUCUUCUUCAAUCAAGGACAAUGUUGCACUGCAGGCUCGCGGAUUUACGUGGAAGAGUCGAUCUACGAGGAGUUUGUUAGAAGAAGUGUCGAACGUGCCAAGAGGAGAGUAGUGGGGAGUCCUUUUGACCCAACUACAGAACAAGGUCCCCAGAUCGAUAAGAAACAGUAUAACAAGAUCCUGGAACUUAUCCAAAGUGGCAUUACAGAAGGUGCAAAACUCGAAUGUGGAGGUAAAGGACUAGGAAGAAAGGGUUUCUUCAUUGAACCUACGGUGUUUUCCAAUGUAACAGAUGACAUGCGGAUUGCCAAGGAAGAGAUCUUUGGGCCUGUUCAAGAAAUACUGAGAUUUAAAACCAUGGAUGAAGUUAUAGAGAGAGCCAACAAUUCAGAUUUUGGACUGGUAGCUGCUGUCUUUACAAAUGACAUAAACAAGGCCCUGACAGUCUCAUCAGCAAUGCAAGCUGGAACCGUGUGGAUAAAUUGUUACAAUGCCUUAAAUGCCCAGAGUCCUUUUGGAGGGUUCAAAAUGUCUGGCAAUGGGAGAGAAAUGGGCGAAUGUGGAUUGAGAGAAUAUUCUGAAGUUAAAACUGUGACAAUAAAGAUUCCUCAAAAGAAUUCCUAAGAAGAUGAAGGAGCAUGUUGUGCAGAACAACAUGUGAUGCCACCCUCAAUAUUCCUUACGGGACCAGCACUCAGGAAUAAAAAGUGUUGUUACGCAGUAUAUAUUUAAGAUAUUAAGUUACAACAUAUAUACCAGGCACAUAAUUGCAUACAAAAUGCAAACCAACUCUGUAUUGUUUCAUAGCACUCCACUGGGAACUCCUCUCCUCCCCGCUUUUUUUUUUGUAAAUCAAAUCAUGCAGCAAGAGUUAAAAUUGCAAUUGGAUACUAUCUACUAUCUAACUGUACCACUAUAAAUCUGUUAGUUACACACAGAACAAUCCUUUGCAUACAUAUGCAAAAAAGGCAAGUUGUUUUAAAAUCAUCUUCUCAAACAAGGGCUGAUAUUCUUAUAUGGUGCUUUGCGACAGAUCUCAUUUGGAGGCCACCAUUUUAGCCAUACAUAACUGACCAAGUAUCACUGAUGUCCUUUAAUAACCAAAAGUGAACUAUUUUGAAUUGGAGCCAGCCAAUAUGGUACAUUGGCAACUUUGUAAUCAGCAUGAUAUUUUGAAGUGGUUAGACUUGGGGGAACUAAUUUAUUGUAUGAAUUACUAAAUUUGGAAGGAUUCUAGUUAGCAUUGAGGUUUGGUUUCCAUGAAGACGCAGAGACGGUCUGAUAUUCAUAGUGCAUCUUAACAGUUAUUUUAUGUCUUAUUAUAGGUACCAGCUCACUUAUAAGAUUUUUAGAAAGUUUUACCAUCCUCCCACAAAUGUAUGGCUGGAUUGGAAGGAGAUCCCAAAGGCUAUACAGAACUAGUUCAGCUUUCUGACCCCUCCCCAUCCCUCACCCCCCACCCCCCGUGCGUGCCAUGAAAUAUCUGCAUAGACUGACUCUGCAGGCUCCUCAGCCAGCAAACUACUCGUGAUUACAGCAGAUGUUUCAACUUUGGCACUUUGGGAAAUUGUGAUGUAUUCAUUAGAGUUGGAAAAACCCGCCCGACAAGCUUGAUUUUACAAAAAGAUGACUUGCUGUCUUCACCCUGCUGGUGAGCCCCAGAAGAGCUUAAUUGCUGCUAUUGGACUUUUCAUUGAUUACACUUUUGUUUUGACACAGCACCAGAAUAAGAGCAGGCCUAUUUAAAAGUGAGACGUUUACAGUACACUGCCACACCCGAUGGUCCCAGAAUCCCUCCUGAUUCCCAGUUAACAAACUGAACAUCAACUUAGCAGUCUUUGUCUUUUUCUCCUUUCCAGCUGCAGAGUAACACUCAAGCGCCAGUUUGGGGGGGAUGUUUUAUGUUAACAACAUUUAUUUAAAAGUACAGUAAAUAUUCUACCGUCGCUACAUUAUGUGGAGUGUAAGGACAGAAUUAUAGCCUCAUGUGUUUAACAGUUUGUUUCCUAACCAUAGGCUCCAUAGGCCAAGGUGCUGAGCACUCUGGGCCCAAUCCAGCAAAUCAUUUAGGCACUUACUUAACUUUUACGUAUUGACCUCAGAGGGGUACUCCUGGGCGUGACGUUAAGCCUGUCCUUAAAUGCUUUGCUGCAUCAGGACCCAGUGCCCAGCACUUUCCGGCAUUGAACCCCCAAAGCAUUUUGUAUUUAUAACUCAUGCCAUUUCCUGUGUGUGUGUUUUAAGUACUAUGUAACAUGCUGUUAUUCACAAGUGACAGUACAUUCACAAACAGAGCUGAAACCAAGUAUUCCUGAGUUGUUACACGUGAAUGUCAUGUACGCCUACUGUAGUGUAUGCCAGAGUAAAAUAAACAUACAGCAAAUAACAAAUUAGUUAUCUUUUUAACUGCAGUAUAAAAUGUGAAAAAGGAGAUUUUAUUUCUUUUCUGCUAUUUACUUAAAAACAAAACAAAAAGAAAAGAAAAGAAACCUGUGCUAGCAAUAAGCAUUUAUAUUGUGUAUUCUUCUGUAUUAUUUGUGUGUUUUGUAUGUCUCUGUGUUAUUUCAAUUAAAUUCAGGUAAAUAAUAUACAGCUGCCAUUUUUUCCCCAGCUUUUGUCACUGUUGUUACAUUUGAUGUACAUGAGUUUGUGAAAACCCUUUUUUGAACAAUGUACCAUCUGCAUGUAGUCAACAAAACAUUUUUUCCAAUCCCUGCAAGUCUUUGUUACAGUUUAUCAUGUAUAUAGUUAUGUUAUUAAAAAAAAGUAAAAGGAUAUGAAAUAUUUUCUAUGAAGUUUUCCAUUAAAAAG